AUGAGUCUGACAAACCCACCCUCAUCCUCCGGCCCGUUAACUGCUGCUUCGUCCAGGCCCACUGCGGCCACCGUCAGCCAGAGUCUGUCUCUGAAAAAGAACCUGCAGGCCGCUGUUGAUGAGCACCUAGAUCCAAGGAAGCCGUCUGGAACUGGAUAUACCAGCAAAGUCCGCGUCCGCGACAAAUACCACAUCGUGGGAUUCAUUAGUAGCGGCACUUACGGACGAGUCUACAAAGCCCUUGGCAAAAAUGGUCAGAAGGGUGAAUUUGCAAUCAAAAAGUUUAAACCGGAUAAAGAGGGAGAGAUCAUCCAAUACACCGGCCUCUCACAGUCUGCCAUUCGAGAGAUGGCCCUGUGUUCCGAACUGGAUCAUGCCAAUGUCGUACAGCUAGAAGAGAUUAUCCUUGAGGACAAGGCCAUUUUCAUGGUCUUCGAAUAUACAGAACAUGAUUUACUGCAGAUUAUUCAUCAUCAUACGCAACCACACAGACAUGCUAUUCCAGCCCCAAUGGUCAGGUCGAUUCUGUUUCAGCUUCUCAACGGUCUACUCUAUCUCCAUACUAAUUGGGUAUUGCAUCGAGAUCUGAAGCCAGCCAACAUUCUGGUUACGUCAAGUGGCGCCAUUCGUAUCGGAGACUUGGGUCUGGCUCGUCUCUUCUACAAACCCCUCAACUCUCUUUUCUCGGGCGAUAAAGUCGUGGUCACGAUUUGGUAUCGUGCCCCAGAAUUACUGAUGGGUAGUCGUCAUUACACCCCAGCUGUCGAUCUCUGGGCCGUCGGAUGCAUUUUUGCAGAGCUUUUAUCCCUCCGCCCCAUUUUUAAAGGCGAGGAGGCCAAGAUGGACAGCAAGAAAACGGUGCCAUUUCAACGUAAUCAAAUGAUGAAAAUCAUCGAAAUCAUGGGUCUCCCCACCAAAGACAUUUGGCCGGGCAUAGUGUCGAUGCCCGAAUACUCCCAACUCCAGUCACUAGCCAUGUCACGUGCUCCCGGACAUUUUCCCCGGUCUUCGAACCUGGAAGGCUGGUAUCAAAGCUGUUUGAAAAAUGGCGGGUAUGCCACCUCGUCCGGUGCCGGGACCCCUGGGGCAGAUGGCUAUGAUCUGUUGUCGAGAUUACUCGAAUACGAUCCUACCAAGAGGAUAACUGCGCAGGAGGCACUAGAGCACCCAUACUUUAAGAACGGAGGGCCUAUCUCCGCCAACUGCUUCGAGGGCUUUGAAGGGAAAUAUCCACACCGUCGUGUCACUCAGGAUGACAAUGAUAUCCGGUCUGGAAGCCUGCCUGGUACAAAGCGGAGCGGGCUACCAGAUGAUAGUUUAAUGGGACGCGCCUCGAAACGGCUCAAAGAAUAA